GUGGCAAUAGAUCCGGACCUGAGCCAAGUCAAGGCAUAGGUCCAAAAAUUGAACCCGAUAGGUCGGUUUGGGUCCAACCUUGGAUCGCAACAUUACUCCGGUCCGUCCUGACCCGUUGCCAACCCGUCUUUAGCUGUAUGCUCCCUCUCUGGUUGAUUUGCGCGUGCUCUCUCUCUCUCUCUCUCUAUUCUUUGUUCUCUCUCUUUAACUGCUUCCACGUCCAGGACGAAGCCAAGGCCUCUGUCAAACUCGGCGUCCACGCAGUGAGCAACCUCGCACCAGACCCAAUCCUCGACUUUCUCUCUCUACAUGGCCUCCACUCCGUCCCUAAAUCCGUCGCCUAUGGCUACACAGCCUCUGGCUAUGGCUUCACUCAAGACAUGCCCUACGCUUACCUCCACGAAUUCACCCGAACUUCCAUGGCUGGAAAGAUCAGGCGCUUUAAUGGAGGUUACAUGAGCCUCUGGCAAAAGCUCUCUACUUCGCUCCCUUACCGAGUUCUCUGCAACUCUGAGGUCGUGGGGAUCGAGAGGCUGGACGACAAAGUCAGGGUCAGGGUUUUGUUCAGGGGAGAUGAAGAGGAGUUGGAGAAGAUGAUGGAGUUUGAUAAGAUUAUAGUGUCUGGUGCUUUCCCCUUCAGAUAUGGGAGGACUUACAGAGCUCCUGUUCCUGCAACUUCUACAGUGAUGGAACCAGAGGUAAUGGAUCUGAACGAUCUUGAGAGGGAGCUCUUCUGCAAAGUGCACACCAUAGAUUACUACACGACUGUUCUCAAGAUAAAAGGGUUUGAACACAUACCGGCUGGUUUCUACUAUUUUGGGAAAUUCAUGGAACACCCUGCAACUAUUGGUAACCCAGUGGCUAUGCAGAAGUUUUAUGGGGACACUGAUAUCUUUCUUUUCUGGUCUUAUGGGAAUUCAACAAAUGUGAAAGGGGAAUCGGUUUUGAAGCUAUCAAUUGAUGUGGUGAAAUCUAUGGGAGGAGAAGUUCAGAGGGUGGUUUUGCAGAGAAGAUUCAAGUAUUUUCCUCAUGUUACCAGUGAAGAGAUGAAGGAUGGUUUCUAUGAUAAAUGGGAGUCUGAGCUUCAAGGCUCCAGGAACACAUACUAUGUUUGCGGGCUCGGUGCCUUUGAGCUCACUGAGCGCAAUGCUAGCUAUGCAAUGGCUCUGGUUCGUAGGCAUUUUGCAUCAGAUGGCCCUUUUCCUCCUUUUCCAUAUGUUAAGAGAAUGCUCCCCGUGCAUUCUGGUCAUAGGUCCCAAAAGGUCAAAGAACUACCUGAAUCUCCUGGUGUGGAAUUCCCUGAGCUUCAAUCCCUAGAUGAGUACUUGGAGUUUUGGGGAACUCACAUAAUCUCAGAGACCAAAACCCUGUAUACUUGGAUUAACGAAGAAGGAGAGGUUACUAGCGAAAGAACAUAUGGGGAUCUCCAUAAGAAUGCAUCUAUCAUUGCCCAUAAGCUUACGAGCACCAAACCAGUCAUCAAACCAGGUGACCGAGUACUGCUCAUACAUGUCCCUGGCCUCGACUUUGUGGAUGCUUUCUUUGGCUGCUUAAGAGCCAAAGUUUUACCGGUCCCUCUAUUACCACCUGACCCACUACAAAGGGGUGGCCAAGCCCUUCCCAAGAUUGAAAAUGUUGCCAAAUCUUGCGAAGCAGUUGCUAUUUUAUCAACAGCUUCUUAUCAUGCAGCAGUGAGGGCUGGGUCAGUGAGGAACCUACUUGUUUCUGGGAAGAAUAAGUCUUCUGCUCGUUGGCCCCAACUUCCAUGGCUUCACACUGACUCAUGGCUCAAAAACUCGAGAAACAGUGGCUUGGAGGAGAUUGAAUGUUCAUAUUGUACCCCUAAACCUGAUGACCUAUGCUUUCUUCAGUUCACUUCGGGAUCAACUGGAGAUUCAAAGGGUGUUAUGAUCACCCAUGGAGGCCUCAUCCAUAAUGUGAAGCUUAUGCGGAAGCGAUAUAAGAGUACCUCUAAAACUGUACUGGUUAGCUGGCUCCCUCAAUACCAUGAUAUGGGCUUGAUCGGCGGCCUAUUCACUGCUCUGGUUAGUGGUGGGUCUUCUAUUCUCUUCUCCCCUUUGACAUUUAUAAGAAACCCACUUCUGUGGAUUCAUUGCAUGAGCAAAUAUAGGGCAACACAUAGUGCAGGGCCCAACUUUGCAUUUGAGCUGGUGGUGAGGAGAUUGGAAGCUGAGAAGGUUAGAGACAGAAGAAGUUUGGAUCUUUCAUCUUUGAUCUUUUUAAUGGUGGCUGCUGAACCAGUAAGGCAAAAGACUAUCAAAAGGUUUAUUGAAUUAACAAGCCCAUUGGGACUCUCAGAAGAGGUCAUGGCUCCUGGUUAUGGCCUAGCUGAGAACUGUGUGUUUGUGAGCUGUGCUUGGGGAGAAAAAGUACCUAUCUAUAUUGACUGGCAAGGGAGAGUAUGUUGUGGAAACAUAAAACCAGAAGACCCAGAUGUGGAUAUAAGGAUUGUGGACCAAGAAACAGGUGGAGAGCUUCAUGGAGAUGGGAAAGAAGGUGAGAUAUGGGUCAGUAGCCCUAGUGCCGGAAUUGGGUAUUGGGGGAAACACGAAUUGAGCCUGAAAACUUUUGGAAAUGAGCUUGAUGGUCACCCAGGAAAGAGUUUCACUAGAACUGGUGAUCUUGGUAGGAUUAUUAGUGGAAAAUUGUUUAUCACUGGUAGGAUAAAGGAUUUGAUUAUAGUUUCAGGACGAAAUGUAUAUUCUGCUGAUGUGGAGAAAACUGUUGAGGCCUCAUCGGAGCUCAUACGCCCUGGUUGUUGUGCUGUGAUUGGUGUACCAGAGGAGGUUUUAUCAACCAAAGGAAUUAAGGUUCCUGAUGGGGCUGAUCAAGUGGGUUUGGUGGUUAUUGCAGAGGUGAGAGAAGGAAAACCAGUAAGCAAGGAACUUGUGAAACAAAUUCAAACCAGAGUUGCAGAGGAGCAUGGGGUUACUGUAGCUUCUGUAAAGUUGAUCAAGCCUAGAACAAUCUCUAAGACCACUUCUGGUAAAAUCAAGAGAUUUGAGUGCCUUAAGCAAUUCACUGAUGAGAGCCUGAGCUUAGUUGCUGACUCCAAGCCGCCUAAGAAGUUUCUGCUUCAAUCUUUCACAACUGGUGCCAACUUCAAUCUUCCACCUAUGAGACAAGAACAAAGCUUUCUAGAACCUUUGAAACCUAGAAAGGAAUCACAAAAGAGUAGGAGAGAAAUCACGGAGUUCUUGAUUGGACUUGUGGCUGAGCAGGCGAGUAUCCCAUUAGAGAAGAUUUCAGAAACAGAUAGCUUGGUUUCUUAUGGAAUCGAUUCAAUUGGUGUGGUGAGAGCUGCUCAAAAGCUUUCUGAUUUUCUUGGAGUUCCAGUUGGGGCAAUUGAUAUUUUCACUGCAAAAUGCAUUUCAGACCUUGCGAGCUUCUCUGAAAGCCUUAUUUCUGAGGCAAACACAGCUAGUUGUCUAGUGAAUUUGCCUGAAUAUGAUGACAAACCAGUCUUUUUGGCAGUUGAGGUAUCAAAUGUCCACAGAUUGGGUAUUGGGUUUUUGCAAUUUCUGGUCCUCAUAUAUGUUGCUGCCAUUUUAGUUCUACCUGCCUAUCUCUCUUGCUCUAUUUCCAUGGAGAUUUUGAACCGGUGGGUGUCAAGUUCUUCAUGGGUUUAUUAUCCAGUUUCUGCCAUGGCUUCACCUUUGAUCUGGUUGCUAUACAUGUUCUUGACUUGCAUAUGCAUAUCGCUAUUUGGUAAUUCUUUUUUGAGGCCAAACGUUGCUUUGAACCAGGAGAUCUCUAUUUGGUCCAAGGAGUUUGUGGGGUGGUGGGCUAUGUAUAAGUUGCAAGAAAUGGCAGGGAAAAUAAUGGCGACGCAUUUGAGGGGGACUAUAUUUUUGAAUUACUGGUUCAAGGUGUUGGGAGCAAUUGUUGGCUCUGAAGUGGUGCUUGAUAGUGUGGACAUAACCGACCCUUUCAUGGUUAGUAUUGGAGAUGGAGCAGUGGUGGCAGAGGGAGCCAUGAUUCAAGGACAUGAGGUGAAGGGUGGUAUGGUGAGAUUUGGAGCGGUGAGGAUUGGCCAAGGGGCAACUAUCGGGCCUUAUGCAAUGAUUAGGAUGGGGUGCAAUGUGAAUUCUGGGUUUGAUGUGCCAGCUUUGCAGAGGGCAGAGGGUGGAGCAAUGGUGGUUCCUGGCAAGAAGGACCAGGAUCUCACCGAAGGAUUUAUAGGCACCCCACCUACCAAGGUCUCAACCUUGUUCCACUUCAUGGGCAUCUACACAGUGGGCUUCUUGGGUGCUCUCUCUGCAGCAACUGCAUACACUCUCCUUACUCUCUUCAAUCCCAAUCACAUUGAUAUCUCCCCUCAAAUCUUCCUCUUCGUCUGCAUAGCUGGAGCUUUUCACUGGCCGCCGGCCAUAAUUGCUGCAUUUUUCGCCUUCAUCCCAUCCCAAGCCCUACCUGCAUUAAGCUCGACCUCCUUUGCCCUUUUACUCUCCUCUGCCUACAUAGCUUAUGCUCUCAUCCUCUCUCUCGUCACUUGCUUAGCCACCCACCUUCUCACCAGAAAUCCCGAAUACAAGCUAUGUUGCUGGAAAUCAUGGCUUCUUCAUCGGAUAACCACCUCCACCCAUCUCCGAUUUGCCAAGCUGCUCUCAGGCACUGAAGCCUUCUGUGUAUACCUCCGCUCACUUGGAGCAUCCAUUGGCCAAGAUUGCUCGAUCAGGGCCAUCAAUCCCAUUUCAGAUCCACGAUUGCUGAAGCUCUGUGACUUUGUCCAUCUCGGUGAUUUUUGCAAAAUCCUUACUGGGUUUUACUCGAAGCUUGGCUAUUGCUUUGGCAAUGUAGAAGUGAACGAAAGAUGCGUUAUUGGAAGCAUGAGCUUGGUCCUUCCUGGUUCGUGCUUACAAGAAGAAGUGGUUCUAGGGGCCCUGUCGACUGCACCUGUGAAGUCAGUAUUACAGAGAGGUGGGGUCUACGUGGGUCAGAAUCCUGUCAUGGUGAAGAAUACUCUCCAACAAGUCGAUGAUCGUAUCCAAGAGAUGGAUCCUAAGUACCGAAAAGUCCUUGGAAACCUUGCUGCCAACCUAGCAACUACUACUUUGAAGGUCAAGUCAAGAUAUUUCCACCGAAUUGGUGUCGCUGCCAAGGGCACUUUGGAAAUGUUCAAGGAUCUCAAGGGCUUUCCUGAGCAUGCCGUUUUCUCUACCGGAAAAAGUUUUCCAGUCCUUAUCCGGCAUAGCAACAGCUUGAGUGCAGAUGAUGAUGCAAGGAUUGAUGCUCGUGGGGCUGGAAUAAGGAUCAUGGAUAGCGAGGGGAACCCACUAUUGGAUCUUACUCUAAAAACUGGAAAGGCCUUUUAUGCUCGAACCAUUGGUGAUUUUGCCACUUGGCUAGUGUGCGGGGUCAAGGCAAGAGAGGCCCAAGUAGAGAGAGAGCCUCAUGUUCGUGAUGCAGUCUGGGGCUCGCUUAGACGGGCCACAUCCUAUGCUGAGUUGCACUACUAUUCAAACUUUUGCAGAUCAUUUAGAGGGCUAGAUGGUGUCGAUCGCUUUGUAAAGUUCAAGCUCCGUCCAGAAGAUGUCAGAAUUGGAGAGGAUUCUGGAAAGGUGGACCCAGAGGGUCGGGUCCUUCCUCCUGAGACUGGAGCUAUCCCCAGAGAUGAUGGGGAUGACAGGCCCCCACUGUUUCUAGCUGACGAUUUUAAGGCACGAGUUGCAGGGGAUGGCGGGGUUCGCUACAUCCUUCAAGCACAAGUGCAGGUAGUUCCUACCAACAGAAUGGAGCGUGAGAGGGUGCUUGACUGCACCAGGCCAUGGGACCCAGAGGAGCAUCCAUAUGUGGACCUGGGCAUCAUUAUACUGGAUGAGGCACUGGGUGCUCAGGAGGCUGAGCAGAUCGAGUUCAACCCAUAUCUCCGCCGCCCCGACCUAGAUGUAGUCCCGGCGCGCUCUUGCACUGAGAGCGCGAGUAUAGACCAUGGGCGCUCACUCGUGUACGAGAUUUGCCAGCGUCUGAGGAAUGCUGAGCCAUUGCCAGAGUCCUGGAGAGGCUUUUUGGAGCAAUCGGGUGCGAAAGUUGAUCUCUCUGGGUGCCCGAUGGCCGGAACUGCCAGUUAUCCGGUGGCUGGUAAACCGGCAGUGGCAAGGACCUGGGUCCAGUCUGUUUGGGCUUUGCUAGGGCAGCCAUUGGUCCAAGUUGGUGUACCCUAUGCUCUACUUGGGUUGGGAAUGUGGACGCCCUUGAGGUUCUUGGGCUAUGUUCACCAAGCUAGAGUUGUGCCCUUGCAAUUGCUAUUGCCUUUGUUUCUAGUGUUUUCAGGGCUUUUGGGUGGGCUGCUGUGUGUUUUGGCCAAAUGGGUUCUGGUGGGGAGACAAAGGGAGGAAAAAACCAUACAUUUGUGGGGUAUGGAGGUGUUUCUGGACACAAUAUGGCAGGCAAUUAGGACUGUCAUGGGUGAGUAUUUCAUGGAGAUAACUAGUGGGUCUAUGGUUUUUGGGGCAUGGAUGAGGCUACUAGGGGCAAAAGUGGAAUGGAGAGAUGGGGUUUAUGUGGAUAGUAUGGAGGCAUUGUUGAACCCUGACAUGGUGGAGAUAGAGAGGGGGGGAUGCAUAGGCAGAGGUGCAAUGCUCUUUGGUCAUAUUUAUGAAGGGGAGGAGGGGAGGGUCAAGUUUGGGAAAAUCAUUGUUGGGGAAGAUGGGGUAGUGGGAUCUAGGGCUGUGGUUAUGCCACGUGUCACUUUGGAGGUUGGGAGCAGCCUCCCACCUCUUGCCCUUGCUAUGAAGGAUGAAAAUAUAAGGUCUAAAUGAGGAUCACUACCCCAUUUUUCCCUUUUUAUAACUUAUUUUCUUAUUAUAUUUAUAAAUCAUUAGAAAGGACCACACUUGAGCUGCUCUCACUAAUAGAUAAUCUGUAUCUCCCUUCUUUUUGUUCUUGUAUUUCAUGAUGAUAUAAAAGAGAGAAUGAAAUUACAAUAAA